AUGUCGACAAUUCCAACGACCGCAGUGGCCAUAGAGCCAUUGAGCAUCUCCGACAGGCUUUCCCUUGUGUGGCGCAUCCCUUUGUUGGUCAUCCGUUGUGCGGCCAAUUUUGCUUCAUUCUGCCUAUCAAAUGGCGAAAUUGCCAGGCUUGAUUGGCGUCAAAAACUGGCGCAUGCCUAUCUACGGGCAUCAAGAGUCACCUUGACGCGCAAGCAACAGGCCCAACAACGCAAGCUUUUGACAGGGCCGAGAAUUCAGGGAUAUUGUCACAGAUAUAACCUGGAACAUAGAGCUGUCUCUGUGAAUAAUGAUACGCUUUAUAAGAAGCGCGACAUCCCAACCCCAGUGCUCCAUUUUGUUAAGAAUCCGACCACUCAACCUGAUGGACCAACAAUCUUCUACUUGCACGGUGGCGGAUACCACAAUCCGAUAAAAGAGCAAGGCCAUAUUCCGCUCGCUUUACAGUUUGCAGCGGCCUGCAAAGCCAAGCAAGUUGUGUUUUUGGAGUACUCUCUCAGCCCCGAGCAGCAGUACCCAUGCCAAUUAAUCCAGGCAGUGGCUGGUCUCCGGUAUCUUCUUGAGCAAGAGGCUGUUCAAGCAGAGAACAUCGUUCUCGUCGGCGAUAGUGCGGGUGGCCACUUGACAGCAAGUCUGUUAACUCACAUUGUCCACCCAUCUCCAUACGCCCCUCCAAUCGAUCUUCGUGGUCGUCAACUCAAGGCCGUUCUUCUCGUGUCCCCAUGGAUGGCGAUGUCAGAGGAGCAAAUUAAAGUCCUCCCAAGAGCGCCAAACGACUUUCUAACACGAGAGAGUAUUGUUCGAUUUUCAAAUAUGUUCAAACCCGGAUUAAACGAAGUAUGGAGUAACCGAUGUGAUAUGCACGACGCGGUCGCUGUGUGGAAGAAGCUUUUUCCUACUUCACACGAGCACGCAAUAUGUCGCAAGGCGAUGCUAGCUGUUGGAACUUCGGAAGUCCUUUUGGAUUCCUGUGUGAGCUUUGCGCUGGAAUGCAUGGGAUGUGAGACUAUCUAUGUUAACGGUCAAUCAGACCUUCGCCUAGUAAAGGAAGCGGAUUUUGUUCUUGCAAUCGCCCCUGGCGAGGCUCAUGUCCAGCCCGGUAUGGAUUGCGCACUCGGGUAUCAUGAUGGGAAGAUGAUGAAAGCAAUUUCGACCUUUUUGGAAGCUUGUUAG